UUCAUUCAGUCACUGAAUGCUGUGCUUGAAGUAAGACGAACGGGAUUUUAUUUGGAAUAAUGAAGCUAUUGAUCAUCUUUGCUCUUGCAGCUGUGACGCUCGCUUCAAAAGGACUACACAAGAAGACCAAUGACCCUUUAGAAGGAGAAGCCGUUUCAAAGUGCUCACCAGAAUUUGCAGAAAAAUUUUGCCUGAAUGGCGGAACCUGCUUUGUUGUUAAAAUCCUGGAUUCAAAGGAGCAUGCGUGUAAAUGCCCGGGGGAUUACAUUGGCUUGAGAUGCGAAUACAAAAGUGUAUCUAUAAACCAAUAAAAGAUGAGAUGAACAUUAUGGAUAACUAAACAAAAAAUAAUAAGAAAUAAAAAAAAUAAAAGACGAUGAAUAAAUUAUUGAAUAGAGCAUUUUAAUUUAAUCCGUGAAAUAAAAACUAAAUAGUUCUUAACAAUAAGUCACUAUUUUAUACUAAAUAGACGAUAGCACGCACGCAAUCAACUUAUAGUUCAAUACUCAGGAGACAUAAUCUAAAUACCCAAGAAUCAAGUAAUGAAUGACUUAAUUUGAUUCUUGGGUAUUUAAUAUGUCUCCUGAGUAUUGAACUAUAAGUUGAUUCGCUUGAGUGCCAUCAUCUAUUUGGUAUAAAAUAGUGACUUAUUGUUAAGAACUAUUUAGUUUUUAUUUCACGGAUUAAAUGAAAUUGCUCUAAGCAGUUAUUUGAUAAAUAAAAAAUAGCGGGAAACUAUA